GUUUUCUCUACUAGCUAGAUAGCACAGACACAAAGUCCACAUAGGCUAUAUGGUACAAAUUUAUGAAAACAAAAUGUCGCGUUUUGGUCUUAAUUUAAGGUUAGGCAUAAAGUGAGCAAUGUGGUAAAGGUUAGGACUGAGAUUAGGUUUAGCUGUAAAAAUCUGCUUUUAAGAAGAUAGAUUGUAGAAAUGGGCGGUGUUUAUGAGUUUGUGGCUGUGGUAGCUAGUGUCGACCAUCCCGAACCGAACUGGAGUUAGUGGUUUUCAGGAAAGGACACGCAUAGGAUUUCAUAAUGACAGAGCGGGUCAACAACUUCCCACUGCUGCCGAAGUUCCUGCGAAUCAAGCCCUGCUUUUACCAGAAUGUGGAGGAGGAGAUCCCAGCCCCGCACCGACAGCUGGUGCGCAGGGUCUACAACCUCUGGAUGUUGUAUUCAGUCACACUGUGUGUGAACGUGGUGUCAUGUAUAGCUUGGUGGGCAGGAGGGGGAAGUGCAGCCAAUUUUGGCCUUUCCCUGCUCUGGGUUCUUCUCUUCAGUCCGUGCAGCUACACAUGCUGGUUUAGACCUCUCUACAAGGCCUUUCGAGCUGACAGUUCCUUCAACUUCAUGGCCUUUUUCUUCAUCUUCUUCCUCCAGUGUGUUUUCGCUCUCAUUCAGACGGUGGGCAUCUCUGGUUGGGGUGCUUGUGGUUGGAUCGCGACAGUGCUGUUUUUCAGCUACAACGUGGGUUCUGCUGUAGUCAUGCUAUUCUCAGCUCUGCUCUUUACUCUGGUGACUGUGUUGAUGGGAUUGGUUCUCAUCAGGGUUCAUGGGAUGUACCGUGGCGGAGGGGGCAGCUUUGAGCGUGCACAGGAAGAGUGGACCACUGGACUCUGGAAGAGCGCCCCUGUGAGAGAGGCCGGCUUCAAUGCUAUCAAUGAAACUGGCCCAAGCCUACCCCAAUACCCCGCUGUGCCAAGCUACCCAGACAAUGGCCCCUGGUAAAUAAAACUCUAAGUGGACUCUAGAUGGAGAAAGAGCACUUUAUUCCAUGGCAUGCAAGAUAGUCCACCACGCCACACUAGGACAAUCUCACCGUGACACUAUAUGAAAUGCAUAGCGGGAAUUUAAGUAAGAAUGUUAAGGGGAAAAAAGGCAUAAUCAGCUGACUUUAUUCAGCAGUACUUUGUUUUAGACUUAAGAGGCCACUGUUAUAGACAUUGUUUACUGGAGUGGGAAUCUUUUCCAGGGAAAUGCAUUUAAGCCUUAUAUUGUUGGAAAAAUAUGAUCCAUUACAUGUUUACAUUUAUUUUCUACUCUCAAAAUAUUAAUCUGUUCCCUCAUAUUUGAAAUAGCGACUGAAAAAAAAUGAUUUUCUUUUGUACUUGGAGAGCAAGGGGUCUUUAUAUUACAGAAGCAGAAUUAACUGUUCAACAAAAUUGAUAUGUCUGAAACAGAAAAGAAGCAAGGUGAUUCCAAAGUUGAUUUUGGAUCAAUUUUGGCAGCCAUAUUCAGUGAUCAAUUCUUGCCAGUACAAUACUGUACUUCAUGAAAUCAACAAAAGCCUUAACACUACUGGACAUGACUGAAGGAUCAGGGUCCUCUCCUUGAAGUUGGAAAUAUGGAUGUUUAUAUAGUGCAUUUUUUUAUUUAGUGAUGAGAUGUAAUAUCAAUAAAAAACUAAAUACAAGUG